CCGGCGGGUGCGAGCGGCAGAGCCGAGCGGCGCCGCGCCGAGCCGGGAUGCGGGAGCCGGGCAUGGGGUAGCCGCGCCGCCCUGCCGCGCUCCCCACCAUGUAGGCGAGCCCCGGGCGCCGCGCACAUCGCUCCCCGCCGCCUGCACCGCGUUCGCACCGGCCCGGGGGACCAUGCGGAGCGCCCCGGUCUCCGGGCUGCUGCCGCUGCUCCUGGGACUGCGGCUGCUGCUGGGCGGCGGCGCCGCGGCUCAGUACUCCAGCGACCUGUGCAACUGGAAGGGGAGUGGCUUAACCCACGAGUCUCACAGGAAGGAUGUGGAACAGGUCUACCUCCGCUGUUCUGAAGGGUCCAUAGAGUGGAUGUACCCCACGGGAGCACUCAUAGUCAACCUGCGACCCAAUAUCUCACCUGCCUCUUACAAACACUUGACUGUUUGCAUAAAGCCCUUCAAAGACUCUGCAGGAGCAAAUAUUUAUUUGGAAAAAACUGGAGAACUGAAACUCUUGGUCCGAGAUGGAGACCGCAGCCCCAGCAGAGUGUAUUGCUUUGGCUACGACCAGGGGGGUCUGUUUGUGGAGGCCACUCCUCAGCAGGACAUUAGCAGGAAGAUCACAGGCUUCCAGUACGAAUUGAUGAGCAAGGGGAUAGCAGCUGAUUUGCACACAGCUUCUGCUCCCUGCCGACCCUGCAGUGACACUGAGGUGCUCCUGGCUGUCUGCACUAGUGAUUUCGUGAUCAGAGGCUCCAUCCAAAACGUAACGAACGAGGCAGAAGAGCAAGAAUCCAUCAUUCACGUCGGUGUCAGCAAACUGUACAGGCAGAAGAGCAAAGUCUUCCAGCUGACAGGGGAGAGUGGGAACUGGAGAGGACAAAUAAAGACCUUGCUGGAGUGUGGGGUGAAGCCAGGAGAUGGAGACUUCCUUUUCACGGGACGUAUGCACUUUGGGGAGGCCAGGUUAGGCUGUGCCCCUCGUUUCAAAGACUUCCAAAGGAUGUACAAAGAGGCAAAAGACAAAGGGCUAAACCCAUGUGAGAUUGGCCCAGAUUGAAACCCCCUGUUUGGCCGAAGAUGGCUUUUAGCAUUUGGCCAGGAAUGUUUCCUGGCUGCAGUGGAAACUCUGAACAAACGUGGUAAGUGAGGCUGGGCAAAGAUGGAGGCUGAGACCCCCCAGCCUGCUCACAGACUCAUGGAAGCAACAGAGGUACGAGCUCAGAGGGCUGCCAAGCAAGAAAGGCUGGAUUUUUAACCAAUCUUCUCCUUAUGAAUUAAGUUAUUAUAUUUUUUUAGUGACUUCCUUAGGAAAACAAACAAAGAAAACUCCCAUGUCUUAAUAAAAGAAAAACCCAAAUGAAAGCCAAGAUGCCUUUGUAUCUUUUUAAUACUAAUUUUUAAAAAUGUCUUAAGCUGAUGUAGCAUUUGGUAUGGCAUAUUCUGUAUAAAUGGCCAAGAAUGUGAUAGAGCACGGUAAAACAUCUUAACAUUGAUGCUUUGUAAAAAGCUUGGUGUACAAUUCAAAGUUGUUUCUUAUGACAGAAAUUUAUGGAGCCAAACUCUUAUGUGUGUGUGUUGUUUUUUUUUUUUUUUAUUUGAAAGAAUGUACAACAGCCACCUGCAAUUUUUUGUCCAGGCUGGCAAAUUCUUUCCAUUCCAGAGAAAUAAAGGUCCCUGGAUUUGACACAUGCUGUUUAAAAUCUUUCAUUUUUUUCCUUUCUUCUUAAGGCUGAUUUCAGCUAGUCCAGAUGUGCUCAUAGAUCAGUUCUGGGCUGCUCACUUAUUUGUGGCUUUGCUGAGCAGAACCAGAGUUCCUGUGAGGCAUUGGGAACCACAGUUUUUUUCAAAGGGGAAGCAAGAGCUAUUUUUGGAGAUUUUUAGACAUGUGUGCAGGCGAGGCUUUGAGCGUUCUCUCUGAUGCCAGUGGAGUUAUUUUGGGACCAGCUCCAAAGGCAGGCUGACCCUUUUUUUUAGCUUGAAGCUUUUAAGUGUGGUAGCUUGGCAUGAGGUGGCUGUUGAUGCCUGUGAGUCCUGGGGGACGUGACCAGGCCACUUGUGAGGAAUCAACACUUGAAUCAGGCUGUGACCUCUGCAGGCACUGUCCCGAGGAGCUCUCCCCUCUCCUCAGUCCCCAGGGCCUGCAGGGCAUCACUGAUGGUGCCUUCACGAGGAUUUUAAUCUCUUGCCAUGUUCAUUCUUCAGCAUUCUCCACCACUUUUAUUUUAGGCUGUCAGCUACUUUAAAUAAAAAGUUUCUACUCGG